ACAUAUACACACACAACGAAAAUAGAUCUUAGGGGUUUCCUUCUGCUCUCAAGCUAACCAUUUUUCAUCUUCUUUUUCUUAGAUUGAGAGUGUCUUAAUUAAACCAGUAAAGUCAUCUUUUUCAUUCGUUACACGAUACCGGUGGAUUUAAAGCUAUAGAAUUUGUAACAAUGGUCCUCAUCAUUUUUUCCUGAUCUGUGAAAGACUUUCCUUUUCUUGUAUGAACAAUUAAGGUAAGUAGCCACUUUAUGGAGUUUCUGCUUGAUAGAGAACAACUUAACGCUAUGUUUUGUUGGGAAAUUUGGGGAAGGAUUUAGAAAGAGAAACGGAAAAGGAAAGGGAAAGGGAAAGGGAAAGUGAAAAAGUGUGCGAAAUUAAGUAAAAUAUAGGCAUAUUUUAUUCACAUUUUGCCUAUUUUUUUCUUCUUUUUUUUUCCAAAUUCUUUUCCAAAUUGUCUAACCAAACACAACUUAAGAGAACUGGUGAUGAACUUUUUUAUUUGUCAGUAAUAAAAUAUGCUACAGUUUAGCUGUUAUCGAAUUUAUCAGCCUCUUAUUAAUUAUAGUUAAAAAUUAAGUGUCUUUUUUUUGUUCUUUUUUUUUUUUUUUUUUUAAGGUGAAACUCCCCCAAGGCACCCUUCAGAAUUUGGAAUACUCCCACAAGCUGCUGGUAUUGAUUAAGCUCUUGAUAGACACCAGUGAAAGAAAGACGAAUAAAAAAUGUUUGAGUUUAUGACUCGUCUUUGACUACCCUUGUGGCUUAAAAAUUAUAGUAUUACCCUCAGUGAGUUACAUUUCAGAGUAAAGAACAAAUUGCACAUGAUUCACAUAUGAAAAAAUUUUCUUGUCUUUUUUUUACAAGGAGUAAGAGAAAACAAAUGAAGGGAAAGUAACGUAGCAAUAAGACUCGACCAUAGACGUUUCAUCCACCAAACCAAUCACAUUGGUCAACACUUUAGGGCUUCAAUAGUGGCUAUAAGAGUUUGAUAUUAAGCUAACUAUUUCAUCUUGCAAACUAAAGAAGAUUGGUAUAAGAAAGUUGAGAACAAGUGGUUAAAUCAUAUGGCCUAACUGAGAUAAGAAAGUCCAAAUUGGCUGUUGCGUAUCUUACUUCUGCUGCUGCUGCUGCUGCUGCGGCCUACUUGUGGUCCUCUCUGAGUAAGUACUAAGUGGAUGGAUGCAUGCUUUUAGGAACCUAUGUUGGUCCCUCCUCUAAUACCACAGACCACAUGCUGGAACUUAUCUCUUUGAUUUUUUCUUUAUUUUAAAUCAUUAAAUACUAAUAAGGCAAAUUAUGAACCAACUAAGCCUAGUUGGGCACCAUACUUUCCUUAGAAUUUAGUCUCAAGGAGGUUUCAAUUCGGAGGUUGAAUUAAGGGAGUGCAAGCACGUAGGCCAUUUGCUAAGGGUGGAGAGAUUUUCUUCCAUAGUUGUUAAUCUAACAACUAACAACUAACAUUUGCUGAUAAAAAAAAAAGGGACAAAUUAUGUGGUGCAAAUGAACCCUUAAAAAUUACUACUCAAUGUGCUUGAGUUCCGACCAGAUUUUAAAUAUCGUGAGUCACAACCUGGUUCAUUAUCAAUACAAUCAGUUUCAAUCGACAUAAUUGGUUCGUCUAUUAUAAAUCUCUUUCUUUUCAUUGAUACCAUAUCUGUCAAUAUUUUUGAUAUAUUGCUAUAUUGAUAUCGCUAUUUAAAUCAUGCUUCUAAAUAGUAUGCAAUUUGUUAAUUACAAAAAUAAAAAUAAAAAAGAUCAUUUAAUAAAAAGCAAUAUGGGUUAUUUAGUACUAGAGAGAAAAAAUGAAAGGAUACUGUUCAAAAAAGGGUUCAGCAUCAAUCUUCCUUUUUGUGGAGCUAGGGUUAGGGAUGCUCUCUUCAAUCCAUGCUAUGCCACAUUUAUUGAUAAAGCUAUUUCAAAAUGUCAACAAAGCAUUAACCUCUCCUUUUGUAUUCUGUUGGAUGGUCCCAUUAUUGAAUGCUUACCUCACUUAUGUACUACUUAAUAAUAUGAAUGUCAUUGAAUUACCAAAAUGUAAAUCUAACCAAUCAAAUUGACAAAGGUGCCACGUGGCAGAAAAUAUGCCACAUCUUUAUCUUUUUCUUUGCCCCUAAGAUUCUUGCAUAUUUUCUUUCCCGAAAUUCUGACUUAUUUUGAUAAGUUUAUUCUCUGCAAAGGAAGUAGCUAGACUGUGGCAUCCAAUUGUUUACACAGCUCAUCUGGAAUUAAGAGCGUACUUUAAAAGACUUUGUUGAUGUCAUAGAUGCUAGUUCAUCCUCUUCUUCAUCCUCCUCAUUUGUAAAUGUUCUUUACCAUGAAGAAUUAAAUCGAUGAGCUGCGAAAUGCAUGAAAUUUCCACCCAAUAAGUCUUUCCAAGAAUUACAAAACAGAUUGUUGCAAUUCCAGAGAUAGAUAUCAAAGAUUAUGUAUCUAUUGACUGAUUGAAAAAUUUCUAGGUUAAGUUGUUUCCUUGCAGCUCAAUGUCUAGAGAAGAUGAUAACAAGUUCAAGAGAAAAAGAUUUUCAAGCAAAGGGAGAAGGUGAAAAUAACAAUACCAGCAACAUCAAACUCAGUACUAAGGCACCAUCCAGUUCAAGACAGUGGUCAGCAUUCAAAAAUCCAAGAAUUGUACGCGUGUCACGUUCUUUUGGAGGAAAAGAUAGGCAUAGCAAGGUUUACACCAUAAGGGGAUUAAGAGAUCGGCGAAUUAGGCUUUCGGUUCCCACUGCAAUUCAAUUAUAUGAUCUUCAAGACAAACUUGGUCUUAGUCAACCUAGCAAGGUUGUAGAUUGGUUGUUAGAUGCCACAAAACAUGACAUUGACAAGCUUCCACCACUUCAAAUGCCCCUGGGAAAUUUCACAUUCCAUCAACCGACAGCAACCCUAGUUUCUCAUGACUUGAGUACCCUUCAAUCUUCUUUCUCUCCUUUCUUCAAUGCAAAUUCAGCGUACUUCAAGGAUGGGAAUAAGAUCAAUUACAAUGUUGGGAAUGAACAAAUGAUGGGAAAAUCAAAAGAUUGGGGAUCAGAUGCAACCAUGGGAGCAAAGCUAAAGGGAGUUGAAAGAGAGACAAUUGGUGAGAAAAUCAAGUGGAUGAGAACAAACGAAGAAGAAAGUCAAGAUGGGAAUGGAGGUAAUUACAAUCCACAAGUUUCGGCCCAUGACUUCUUUCCAAUAGCUAGUCAUUCUUCUUUUUCGAACAUGCUAAGCAAUACAAUGCCAUACAGCAACUACUAUCAUUGGGACCCUUCAAAUUUGUCUUUGUCUCAAUUUGGAAGCCAUGGAUUUGCAUCCCAAACCGAAGGUUCUAAUAAUACUGGUCAUUUGGCUUCGCUGCCAUCUUCAUUUCUCUCUCCACCAUCAAAUUUCCCUCCAUACCAUCCAUAUAUUUCUGCUCCAACUGAGAAUGACACUAGGCAAAUCAACCAUUUUCUACCAAAUCUCCCCAUGCCAUCUCUUCAUCCAAUUAGCUCGCCAGUGGGCGUGAGCACUACUUCCAAAAAUUUUCAUCUUCAUUCGCAGAAUGAUGAAAGGCAACCGAAUAAAGGCAGCACUGGUUCUUGAAGCAUAUAUAUAUAUAUUGAAAGUGAAUUCAUCUCGAUGCCUCGGAGUUCAGUGGAUAAAUUUGCUGCUCCACAGAUAAUUCUUCAAUACAGUAAGGCACUCUUUCUUGUAUGAACAUGUCAAUGUAUGUUGCAUUUGAAGCAUAUAUAUAAAUAGAAAGUUUGUAAUUGAUAUGUAGUGUUAUAAACUUCUAUAUGAUAUUGCAUGCCUAUUCUGGUUUACGUUUCA